ACAGUCUCCAUUGCAUGAACAUCUUUAACAACUUCCGGAAAGUGUCACGCUGUCCUCCAGCGGCGCUUGUCUCAGUGGAUAGUGGGCUAUUUCAGGAAAACUAGGCUGAAAUCAUGGUUUUUGAGGACAAAAUGAUCAUGAACGGAGAGCCAGACGAGGAUGAGGAGGAAGAAGAAGAAGAGGAAGAUAUGGUGGACCCUUUAGAGACCGUGAGGCAGAAGUGCGAGCAGUCGGAGCAUUGCCUUCAUGCCCGCGAGCGGCUCGAGGCUUGUGAGUCACGGGUGGGCUCACGUUCAGAGACAGCUGAAGAUUGCACAGAGGAGCUCUUUGACUUCCUGCACGCUCGCGACCACUGUGUGGCCCACAAAGUCUUCCAAUCAAUCAAAUAAAUGGAAAUCUUCAAUGCUGUUCAUCAUAGAUGAUGUCUGCCAAUAAAAAAAUACAGUGCUCUAUUAUUUAAAUGUGAUUUAGAUUCCAUAAUUCACUGUAACCAAUAGGUUGUUCAACUUGUCCAUUUUUCCAAAUUGUUAAUGAGUAUGUAACUGUACUGUUUUAAUCUCUUGUGUGAAAUAACUGAUAACGUAUCCUCUGUUGGGGAGAUCAAUAAAGAGGUGUUGUCAGCACAGAA